AAUGUAUACCAAGGAAUAGCCUCCAGGUUUCAUUAGGUCUCCAUGACAGCCAUAAGAUACCAUCUGCAUGCCUACCCAGUUGUUUAGGAGUGAAACCUGUUCUGUCUCAAAUGAAUGCAACUGAAACUGUGUUUUGGUAAGAUGAAGCUAAGCUAAAAAUUGACCUUUUUGGCUGAAAAUGGUCCAGCCCUGUAGCAUGUGUGAACGAUGAACAUAACGCAUGAAAAGAAAAUGCACCUUAUGCCUACUGGUAAGUACGACGGCAGACCAGUGAUGGUGUGGGCCUCUUUCUCCAAAGUUUCUUGGAAAGCUUGUUUGAGUGCAUGGCAUGGUGAGUUCAUCAAAUUAUCAGGAAGGAUAAAUACAUGAUCACCUGGACUCUAUCAGUAUGCUGAAAAUGGCUCAUCAUUGGUCUUUCAUUUAGACAAGAACCAGAUCAACACACAAAUGCUUCACAAAACUGAUCUUCUUCCAUGGCCACCUCAGUUCUCAGACCUAAAUUGUACAGAAAACCUGUGAGCUGAAGAUAUGACGGCAUAAGAGGCGACUUUGUAAAGAAAAAUGGGCAAAGAUUCUUUUUUCAAUUGCUCAAAUAAGCAGGCACAGUAUUGUAAAAUCUUAAAAUUUCAUUCAUUUAAAAUGUGUAAGUGGAAUUCAAUUUAUUUCAUUUUCGAUCAGAUCAUGAACAAAGAAGCUGUCUUUUUAAUUUUUAAUCUGAAAUGUUAUCUGACAGUUAAAUCAUAUUUGGUUGUGAACUGAUGAGAAUCAAUUAAACUUGGCUUUUUUAAUGAAAGAUUCCCACUAAACGUGAUUAAAUAUCUUUUGUGACAGACGUAAUAAGUCAAUGAACUCUGCCAUUUCUCCCUCUCUCCCAACUAGCCUCUGGCAUCAUUAAUUAACUUUCACUAUGGGACAAAGGUUGAGUUAUCUACAUUAUUCUCACCUUUGCUUUGUCACUGCUUUCUUUCUGUCAGCGCAAUCCAGGCAAGUUGCAGAGGUUUGCCAGCUUUUUGAAACUAAAUAUGGCAGAAAGAUCUCCAUUUUCAUACGGACAGAGAAUGGAACCGAUUGUUGGUGACUUGAGCGAUCCUCUGAUCAACCACGCAGAGGGACAACUCUUCCUUUAUGAAGCCUACAAAAUUCUUGUGGAGGAGGUGCUCUGCAAAGGCACGGAUGUCAAGGAGAAGGUGUGUGAAUGGAAAGAGCCCGAGGAGCUGGCCCUGCUGUUGGAUCUGGACCUGAGGGAGAAGGGGGAGCCACAGGAAAGACUUCUACAGAGAGUGAGAGAUGUCGCCAAGUACAGCAUUAAGACAAGUCACCCACGUUUCUUCAACCAGCAGUUUGCUGGCGUUGACUACCAUUCUUUGGCUGGACGCUUUCUUUCCGAGGCUCUGAACACCAAUCUCUUCACCUACGAAGUAGCACCAGUCUUUGUUCUGAUGGAGGCUGAGGUGCUCAGAGGGCUUCGUGAGCUGGUGGGCUGGACAGAAGGUGAUGGUAUUUUCUGUCCUGGAGGGUCCACCUCAAACAUGUAUGCCAUGAACCUUGCACGCUACAGACUCUACCCAGAGGUCAAAAGCCAGGGCCUGUGGAGUCUGCCGCGACUGACCAUCUUUACAUCACCUGAGAGCCAUUACUCCGUAAAGAAGGGGGCUGCGUUUCUGGGUUUUGGGAUGGACAAUGUCAUCUUUGUAAAAGUGGAUGAUGGAGGUCACAUGAUUCCAGAAGACCUGGAUGAAAAAAUUGAGCUUUCAAAAUCUCAGGGCGGAGUACCAUUCUAUGUGAGCUGCACAUCAGGCACUACAGUACAGGGGGCUUUUGAUCCGCUGGAUCACAUAGCCGAUGUUUGUGACAAACACAAGCUCUGGCUGCAUGUUGACGCUGCCUGGGGAGGAAGUGUACUGUUUUCCAAGAAACACAAACAUCUGAUGAAAGGAGUUCAUAGAGCAAACUCAGUAGCCUGGAAUCCACACAAGAUGCUGGUGGCUGGCCUGCAGUGUUCUGCUUUGCUGCUUAAGGAUACCACGAACUUAUUGAAGAAGUGCCACAGUGCAAAUGCAUCAUAUCUGUUCCAGCAAGACAAAUUUUACGAUGUGAAUCUGGACAUCGGGGACAAGUCUGUGCAGUGCAGCCGCAAGGUGGACUGUCUGAAGCUAUGGCUGAUGUGGAAAGCUGUCGGCUCCGCUGGAUUGGAACAGCGUGUAGACAAAGCUUUUCUCCAUGCAAGGUAUUUAGUGGAUCAAAUGAAGAAAAGAGAUGGUUUCCAACUUUUGAGGGAGCCAGAGUUUGUGAACGUGUGCUUUUGGUUCAUCCCGCCAAGUCUGAGAGGGAAGGAAAAACCUGGAGACUACCAAAACAGACUGGCUAAGAUUGCUCCAGUGAUCAAGGAACGCAUGGUGAAACAAGGCACUAUGAUGGUCGGCUACCAGCCUCUUGGAGACAGGGUCAACUUCUUCCGCGUAACCAUAUUGUCUCCACUCAUUUCUCAGAAAGACAUGGACUUCUUCCUUGAUGAAAUUGAAAGACUGGGAAAUGAUUUGUGACAAAAACAACCGUAGCCACACAUUGAUUAACAUAAAACAUACUUACUGCUUAAUUACCGCUUACUAAACUUACUAUACAGUCUAGUU